AUGUCCUCAACCUCCGCCACGUCCCCCUCGAGGCCUUCGCGUCACGCCCGCGCGAAAUCAACGCUCACCGCAUUCCAACCACGGCCGACAGACGACGAGCCUCUGGAUGACUUGGAGCUGGUGCGGAGAUUUGACAGACUAACAAACACUCGGCUGGCGAAGGAGAAGAGCUCUUUCCAUCACUUGUAUGUUCCUGAUGAAACCGAGUCACGUCGGCCGGGAUUGGUAGACGGCGUCCUGUGGUUGGCAGAGCGCAUUUUCGUUGGACCGCCACCAAAACCGCACAAGCGACAGCACUCUGGUGCAUUUACGUCCCACUUGAUCGACGAAACACCGGAGCCAGAGCCAGAGCCAACGUCGGAACAUCUUGAUGAACCCGAUGAACCCGAGCUAGAUGGAGAGCAACAGCUAUUGAGGACAAGUGAGGAGCAAGGUUGGCAACGUUGUCCCGCCCCGGAUUGCGGUCAUAUGAUAGAGCUUACGGAGGGGUGCAUGCGGGUAAAGUGCCGGUGCGGCACGAUGUUUUGCUAUGGAUGCGGAGAGCCAUGGAAAACGUGUUCAUGCCCACUAUGGGACACGCCUGUUGCGGAUGGUGGGUAUCGUCCGUCCUUCGACGAAACGGGAGAAGAGUUAGAAGAUUGGGAGCUUGUAGGAGCAGAUGCGCCGAGAGUUGCUGCCGUCGUAGAACAGAAACCAUCGGUUCCGGAGGUAAAGAUUCCGUACUAUUUCGAAGAGGGUGGUAUCACUAUGCCUGGCGGGCUCUUUACGAUGGUCCCUACGAGAAACGACACUGAUAUACUAUACUCAACUCGAGAAGCAUACACCGUCAACACUACAAGUCUAAACUUUCCUCCGGACGACCCAGAGCCAUAUUCACAACACGACGACCUCCGAUUCAGUGACUCUGACGCCAACAGCCCGGCACUGGAGGAAACAGCUGGGCAAUCUCCCCUUGGCGAGGCAUCAUCCUCCAAUCAAAGGGACGCUGAUUUACUCGGCUUUGAAGAUGGGGAGGACCCCUUCCAGACUCAUGAUGGGCGCACGCCCGCUGACCUCCCUCCAAGGUAUGCCACCUUCGACCAGGGGGCCCCCUUGGGACCCUCAUUUCCUAUGCCGGAUACAUCUGCUUCUACGUCCGGACUCGGCUAUGGACACGGCUAUGGCUUCCCUACCCAGCACGAUGGAUUUGAGAAAUGGGAUGGGACGCCACCCCUCGAUAACAAGAAAACGUCUCCGUGGGUAGAAGGGGCCGGGGCACGGACGAACUCACCACCCCCUGAUCCAAACUUGCUGGGGGCUGACGCGGAAGGCGAGGUCGAUGGUUCAAUUCUUGGGCCGUCCAUUAGACGAACAGGAACCCCGUUGAUGGCCCUAGUCGACCCACACGAUCAGAAGAAAAUGACCAACAUCCGUGGUAGCGCCCGGAAGCGCUUUUCGAUGGAUGGGACGAACGGGAGGAAGGAUCUGACCGAGAAAGACCCACCCCCUCGCCCCAAUUCGGCGAAGGUCCUAGAAAAGGAAGAAGACCAGGCGAAGAUGGACAAGAUACGUCAGAAUUCCAAGAAACUGGCUGGGAAGGCUAAGGCAGAGGAGAAGCCUAAGGUAGCAGCACCUGCUCCAAAGGCUGCAUGGGGGAAGAAGUCUCCUCCAGCCGCGUCGCCGCCAGCCAGCGGCUCUCCAGCACCGAAAGGACCUUGGGGCACGAAAGCCAACGCCCCAACACCCGCUUCACAGGACCCAGCUCAAAGUUCUCCUGCGCCUGUUGCACAGGAUGUGGUCGCAGAAAUAGAGAAGGACAAAGACAAGGGCACGCCAAGUGGGGUUACCAGCACGGGUGCAGACCCAGUCAAGCCGGCCGACGCUGACACCAGCAAAGAUGCAGACCCAGUAGGGGAGGGAGCGGGCAGCACCGAGCCCCACGUGGGUCAUGCGGGAAACAGCGGCGAAGAACACCAGGAGGAUGGCGGAGAGAAUGCAGCUGUAGAUGUCCCCGAGAACUCCAACGAAGGCACGGAGGACAAGACAGAGGAUGCAACGACUUCCGGAACGUCUGGGAACAAUGCGGAUCCACCCGAUAUAAUGACAUCCUCUGGAGAUGCCACUACCGGUGAUAAGGCUGAAGGCGACGCUUCGGAGCCGAACGAGGGUCAAGCUACUAGUAAUAAUGCAGAAGCAUCCGAUCCAACCAAUACGGCCACCUCCACUGCUGGUGGUACCGCGGAGGAUGCGACUGAAGGCACCGAGGUACCACACGGCGGCGAGGCUACUGGUGACAAUGCUGAAGCGUCCAACCAGCCUGAUGCGACCACCUCGACCAACUCUGCCACUGAUGCCGCUAUCAGUGCUCAGGCUGCAGGAGAAGAUACUGAACCGAACAAUAGCCAAGGCAGACAAGGUGAUGGCGAUGCACCUGCGACUCAAGUCGGUGACCAGGGUGAAGGCUCCAAUAACUUUGGCGGGGCCACCUCUAAUCCCACAUCGCCCAAUCCGGAUAACGUCAACACCCCUCAAACAGCCUCCGCGUCCUCACCAGAAAUACCGACGGCAGGCGGCGGUGGACAGGGCGAAGAGGAUCAGGAUGGUGUGCUUACUGCCGUCCCAGCGUUCAACAGGAGAAGGAAAGCCGGGAGGAGGAACACGAAGAAGGGAUGA